UUAUUUCUUGUGGCACGGCUCGAAAAACCACAAAAAUAUUUUCUGGUCAUCAGUUACGAUUUAUUUAUGAUUUCUCCUGUAAUGAAAUCGGGUGAAGUAAUGCAAAAGACAUAGGGUUUGUGAGACCAUAUUGUGAAGAGACCCGAGAGGUUGCAAUUGCGUAGAAUUAUGAGUGUUUUGGGGAGGUUAGUUACAGCUGCAGCCGGAUUAGGUGGUUUAGGCGGUUUAGGGAUUCUGUACUCUUCCUCUGGGGCAGGUGACAACAAUAGAAUUGUACAUGCUGCACAGAUUAUAGGAGAGCGAGUUUGUGCCGAAAAAAGUAAAAGCUUUUCAGUCUUGAAAGAUGUACCCCGAGAGCAGCUGUCAGUUGCAAAGUGGGACUACAACUGGGACAGAAGAGACCCAUCUCACAUGGUAGAAGCUUCUAAGGGAGGUGAGGACGACGAGCGCUUCAAGAUGGAAGUGCAGUUGAAGAAACCUAAAGUAACUCGACACCUAUUCCUAAUCCGUCAUGGACAGUACAAUUUAGAUGGAAAAACAGAUAAGGAAAGAUAUUUAACAGAAAAAGGUGUUGAGCAGGCAAAGACCACCGGUAGAAGGCUUGUCGAGUUAAACCAUCCAUAUCAGUUGAUGGUUCGCUCAACUAUGACACGAGCUCUGCAGACAGGCGAAGAAAUUCUUGCCCAGAUGAAGCCAGGAUCUCUACCUUUCAGAGAUGACAGCAUGUUAAUGGAAGGUGCACCAUGCCCUCCAGAACCACCAAGCUUUUGCUAUUCACCUGAAAGCCAUGAAUAUUUUCAAGAUGGUUCUCGAAUUGAAGCAGCUUUUCGAAAUUAUGUACACAGAGCUGACUACAGGCAAACCAAAGAUUCUUAUGAAAUAUUAGUGUGUCAUGGAAAUGUCAUCCGUUACUUUGUGUGCAGGGCCCUCCAGCUUCCCCCUGAAGCUUGGUUGCGUAUUAAUCUAAGCCAUGCAAGUAUUACUUGGCUCAGCAUUAUGCCAAGUGGAUGUGUCUCCCUUCGAUCCUUAGGUGACACAGGGCACAUGCCACCAAAUCUAAUCACCUGAAGAUUGCAGAAAGACUUCUGAGCAGAACUGAGUCAAUAAGUAUUUAAGACCAUUCAAGACGAUUAUAAAUCUCUAUCAAGUUGCUUGAUCUCCUUAUGUGUGUGAUUUCUCUAUUACUAUUACUAUGGUUAUUUAAUUGAUAUUGUGAGUUUUACAGUUUUUUCCAAGUUAAAUACAACAUAGGCAAAACUGAUAUGUGUUUCCCCUGUUUGUGCCUGUAACAUUUUGACAAUAAAACAGAUAGAACGAAGUGUCA